AUGACAAGUGUUGGAGCAAGCAUAGCCACCAACCAACACCGUUGCAGUGGGCGCGGCGCUCAACAAGCCUAUGUCCUGUGCUGGGAGUCGCUGAAUGCUGAUUUGCUGAGGCUGAUCGCUGACCGGGUACUCUCUAGCGACCUGCUGCACUACGUCUGGUUCCGUGCAGUGUGCAAGCAGUGGCGUGCCAACACUCUUAGCCCGCGCGGCUGCGGCGUGGUAGACCCGCGCUUUCACCCACGGCAAUGGAUGAUGUUUCCGGAGGGCAACGGGCUUCACCCCGGCCACCCUGCAUUAGGCGGCUACAUCUGCUUCCUCAACAUCUACACCGGCAUCUUCAUCCGCGUGCACCUCCCGUGCUUCGAGGACCACUCCGUGCUUGACUGCCCUGACGGCCUCCUUCUCCUGCAGCGCAAGAAGGAUGCUGUUAUCUGCCUCCUCCACCCCUUCACCGGUGAUGUUGCCGAGUUUCCUCCCCUUGCCUCCCUCUGCUUGUACAUGAGUAAGUUUGGGAUCUUUCUGAAUGGCCCUUAUGAUCUUCGACUACGGAUGGUCCACGCGGCUGUCUCCGUCCAUGUGGGUGGCAGUAUUACCAUCAUGGUCGCGCUCAGCCACGCCGAGCGCAUGGCGUACGUAUCCACCGGUGACAAGCACUGGACUCACACAAGCUGGAUGAUGACUGGCAUGAUGACAGCACUGCCAUUCCGUGGCAGCCUCUACACGGUGAGGAUCUGGAAAAACAAACCCUCACACAUCAUGCGCGUCAAUCCACCAGAUAGCUCCAGUUCCUCCUCGUGGCCGUCUACACCGCCACAAAUGAUCGCCACAUGUCCAGCUAAUCAGAUGGCUAAGGCUUACCUGGUGGAGUGCAAUUCUGAACUUCUUCUGGUCGGCUAUACUGACAGACACUCCCAGCUUGUGGUUAUCCGGCUUGCUGACCUCAUGCUCGGAAUCCCUGCCACACCAUUGACAAGCAUCGGCGACCAUGCCCUCUUCAUUGGCACUUGGAGCAUGGCCGUCAACUCCAGAAACUUACCAUUCGUUCAGGGGAACUCCAUCACCGUCCUCAACCCAACUAACAGCGGCCGACUGUGGCAAUAUGAUCUGGGCAGAGGUACCUGGUCGCCGCUGUGCGAUGGAAACUUCGUCAGUGCCAGCGGCCCCAUACCAAGGCCAUACAGUCUUGUCCACCACAUUGUCAGUUGUUGCCAGCGUCUUUACUGGAUCAGUGGAGACACCUGGACCCGCCACCAUGAUUCUGAACCUCGUUGGCAUAUAGUUGCUUCAGCACAUGAAAGAGUUUGCACAGUCUGCACUGACCAGUUGAAGGCUAUUCAUCUUUCCAAGAUCUACGUUUGA